GUACUGGUGUUGCUAUGGUUACAUCCACACAACUGUCCGGCAGAGGUUUGCUGCCGUUUGGACGUUUUAAUGGACGUUAAAUCACAGCAAAUGUCCCGCACGUCCCCCCGUACUUCACCCAGAGAAGACUGUCGCACUUGACGAGUUCAAAUUUAGCGCCGCCUUUGAAGUGUUGUGUCGUUGGCCGGCGGAUUUGAUCUGUUUCCAUUAAACCACAUCGUCGUUCCUCCUUCUCUCGGUCACCGACAUGGAGGUCGGAGAAAGUCAGGGAGAACUGAACAUGACGGCGGAGGAAGUCGACAGGCUGAGGAAGGCGCUCAAAGACGAGACGUUCAGGGAAAUGCUGCGCGAUUACGCGGAGGAAAUAUCAGACCCCGAGAAUAAGAGACGGUACGAGGAGGAGAUCAAACUUCUGGAGCGGGAGAGAGGAAACAGCGUCGAGUUCAUCCACCCGGGACCUUGCAGGGCCCUGAGGACGAGUGUGAACGGCAAGCAGAAGUGUUUCAUCAACAUAUGUGCCAAUGAUAAAAUUGGAAAGCCUGAAUGUAAGUGCGGUGUGUCGGAGGACGGCCGCAGGGGCCAGUGCUGGUCCCUACCCCACAGUCUGCACCCGGGCAGGCAGGACACCGAGCCGAAGGGGAACCAGAUCGUCAUCUAUGAUGUCAUUUUCCAUCCUGACACCCUGCACAUAGCAAGCAAAAACAAGAGAUUCAUGGACCUGGUGGACAGCACCGCCAUCAAAGGAAUCCAGGAUGCUUUUAAAGUGACUCUGGAUAAAAACAACGUGCGGCAGUUGAAUACCAAGUACAAGGGCACCCCUCAGCCUUGUGUAAUCAGAAAACCCAUCGCUGGACACGGAGCUAAGCAGCCCUCGGAGGAGCCUGACCCUCUUGCCUUCCCGUACCCGGAGGAAAAAAGACCCACCACGCCCUUGCAAACCAAACCUGGCACACCUCAAAGCUUCCAGAUCCAGCCUCAGGAAAGCAAGGAGCCAACCAAGCCCAACUACACGGUGAAGUAUCGAUCUUUUGUCGACCUGCAGGACUUUAGAUGCUCCAGGGACUCGGCCAGGGGCCCCAGGCCCAAAGAGAUAGUGGUCACCAUCAACGUGCCGCUGCUGAAGUCCAUAAGAGACACCAGCCUCGAGGUUGAGGAGAAAAGACUGCUGCUGGAGUCCAAGAAACCAGCUUACAGGCUGGAGCUGCCUUUAGCCUACCCUGUGGACGAAGACAAGGGAGAGGCCAAGUUCAACAAACAGAGAGGGCAGCUGACAGUCACACUGCCCGUUCUUCCAUCGAAUGAGGGUUGUGAUUUUUCCACAGGGCCUGCGUUGACUGUUGUUGACGCACAGAGAGUAGGUGACGACGAAGGGAAGGGGAUGGAAAACGAGGAGGAUGAAUGGAAGGAGCUGGAGAGGGGGAGUGAGAGAGGUGUUGAGCAGGAGAAGGUAAAGCAGGACAGAGGAGAUGAAGAUGAGGAUCUGGAGAAGGGAGGUGAAGACGAGGAAAGACAAGAGCAGGUGAGGAAAGGUGCAGAGGGGGAGGAAAGUGUAGUGGGUGAGGAGGAAAAAUGGAGAAAACCUAAGCGAGGAGGAGAGAGUGAUGAAGGGGGAAGUGGUGUGGACAAGGAGGCGAACUUGAUGGAGCCAAACAGAAAAGUCCAAGAAAGUGUGAAGGAGGAACGAGGAGUGGAGGAGAUUUCCGAGAUUUCUGAGAUUGGAGUGAAGGAGAAAUUGAAAGAGCAGAAGCAGGAAAAUGAGAAUGAUGGGAAAUUGACCGAAACCCAGUCCAUUUUAUUAAAUGAACACUUGUGUGGCACAAGAGAGGAGGUAGAAGUCAAUCCGCACUCUUGUUUGGAGUUAACGUCAAAAACAGAGACUUCAGACGUCCACAUGGAGACCGAAGAGACCAAAGAAAAGACAGAAGAAAAUGUGCAGCUGGAAGCAGAUGUUGUGUCUCGGAAUUGCGCAUCCAGCGAGGAAUCACCAGCCAUGACGACCGCUUCAAGCCACGGCGUUGUAGAAGACUGCAGCACUUCCCAACGGACUGACAUCGCGUCUGCAACGGCUGAAGCGAACGUGUCUGGUGGAGGAGUUCCAGCCUCAGGACAGCAGGGCGACGGGGAGGAGGUGGACGAGGACGACCUGCCGACGGAGCAGAUCUUUCCAACCCAGGAGGGCGAAGACAAACCGCCACCUGCCUUACUGAGGGAAAUUGGGAAAGAUGAAAAAGAAACGGUUAUCAGUGAUCAUUCCACUUCUGCUGGGUUCACCUUCCAAAACAGCCUGAUGUAUGAGCUGGACUGAGGACCCUUUUUUGUUAUCUUAAAACAUUGUUCAGUUAUUCAAAACUCAAAAAUAAAUCACUCCAAUAGUAAAUUACUAAAAAA